UUGUACUCCAGAUGGUGGCGGUAAUGCAACAUUAUAUUGGAUGCCAACCGCCGUUAAACCCCACAGAAGAAGGCUAACAGCUCAUCCAUUUCUUAAAACAGGAAGUAAGUUCAGUUCACUCAGAGAGGAAGAGGCGAAGCAAGAGGGGUAAUUUAGCCCAAAAUCUGUCUACUCCGGCAUGUGGCGUUUUUCCGCUCACCAAGCGAUUCGUUUUUGUAUGGAGGUCAAUGAGAGUGUCGAAUUUGGUUAGCAACAAGUUGAAUGGUUUAUUUGCUACAUGUGGCUUAUUUGAUAUAAUCGAAGUUUUGUAAUGCGCGGUUUGUUAGGCGUGUACUGAUAUACGUAGGACAUGUGACAUUCCGGCAACUUUGAGAAAAAACACCUCAUAUCGGAGUUGUGGGUGUUGUUCACUCACGUUUAGCCCUCUCAUUGGCUAGAAUGGUCCCACCUGAUCUUGCCUCUGUGCCUUCCUUUUUUUUUUAAAGACAUUUAUUUUCAUUGUUAGAGCGGCCACUAGAGUGGUCAAUAUAAUGGAUCAUUUUUUGGUUCACUCCAUAACUGUGUGGAUAAAUAUGUGGUUCUCUGGUAAUACAGUUACUAUGCAUCAAGAAAGUCUCCACUGACAUGUAGUCUCUACAAAACAAGAGGUCGUACUGGUGCUUUAGCUUGAUGAAACAGCCGGCUAUGUCUCGACAUAUCCAUAUAGAGGCGUCCGGCGAUGAUACAGCACGAGUGCCACUUCUCACUAGCCACCUGGAGCUAGCUAGCCUCGACUCGGAUGAAGGUGAAGUUAUUUUUGAGAGGCGUAUUGGAGAUAUUGCAAAUGAUGUUCAGAGAAGUACACAAAGAAAACGAACAUAUGAGGAAGCUGUUGAGGAAGCAGGUUUUGGUUUGUUCCAUGGUCUCCUGUUGGUGGUGUGUGGAUGGGCCAAUGCCAGUGAUGCGGUGGAGAUCCUGUGUGUUUCCUUUCUGCUGCCCACGGCCCGCUGUGACCUCCAUCUCAGCUCCUCAGACAUGGGGUUACUGACGGCCAACAUUUUCCUCGGAAUGAUGAUAGGUGGGUACAUGUGGGGUUACCUGGCUGACCAGAGGGGGCGCCAGAAGGUCUUGGUGAUGUCCCUGACAGUGAACGGAGUGUUUGGAGCGCUGGCCAGCUUUGCCCCAAGGUUCUGGCUCUUCCUUCUACUACGGUUCAUCAGCGGUGUAGGGGUGGGAGGUUCAAUCCCGGUCAUCUUCUCCUACUUUUCAGAGUUUCAGCCCCGGCUGAAGAGGGGGGCAAUGAUAAGUGCUCUGGCCACCUUCUGGAUGGCAGGGAAUAUUCUGGCAGCAGGCCUGGCGUGGUUGGUCAUUCCCCGGACCUGGGUCCGCUUUUCUCUGGGUGGGCUGGACUUCCAGAGCUGGAGGCUGUUUGUGGUGCUGUGCUCUGUCCCCAGCCUCACAUCGGCACUCAUCUUCAGUCUGGCCAUGCCUGAGAGCCCCCGGUUCCUCAUGGAGGCUGGCCGUGAGAUAGAAGCCCUACGUGUCUUCUGCAGGAUGUUUGCAAUAAACCACAGAGGCAGUCUCAAGACCUUCUCGAUUUGUGGGCUGCAUAUCCCUUCUGAGAAGAAAGAGAGGGAGACUAGGAGAGGUGGAACACACACUCGGCGCUUUGUCAACCUCCUCAAACAGUGCCUGGCACCAAUAAGACAGCUGUUUGUUGGAGAGUUGGCCUCUAGAAGUGUAUGUCUGGUCAUCAUAUUCUACUGCAUCUCAUUUGGAUACUAUGGGCUGUGGAUGUGGUUCCCAGAGCUUUUCAAGAGAGCAGAGGAUGGAGGCUCACCCUGUGCCAAUGUGUCUCGCUUACAAAGCCAUGACAACCAAAGCUGCUACCCAGUCAAAACGGCAGUAUACAUGGAGGGCUUUGUCACUGCAGCCUCAAACCUACCAGGGAACAUCUUCACCGUUCUCCUAAUGGACGUCAUUGGAGGAAAGGCCCUGCUUUGUUGCAGCCUAUUGUUGUCCAGUGUGAGUGUGUUCCUCAUCUACGAGGUGAAGACGAAAGCACAGAGUCUGCUCAUCUCCUGUGUUUUUAGUGGAGUGUCUGUGGUGGCCUGGAAUUCCUUGGACGUGUUGGGCACUGAGCUCUACCCCACCCAGCUACGGUCCUCCGCUCUGGGCUUCUUCACAGGAAUAGGCAGAGUGGCAGCCAUCAUGGGUAACAUAGUCUUUGGCCAGCUGGUGGACACCAACUGUGCGAUACCAGUUCUACUUGUGUCUGCUUUGCUGCUGACAGGGGGGAUCAUUGCCUUGCGCCUUCCACGCACUAAACAGGCAGAGCUCACCUGAGGCCUCUGUGAAAUGAAGUCCAGAAGACACACUUUUUUCCCCUGCUCAUAGUCCUCGCCAAGGGUUAUUCCGUGAAUCUAGUCUACCUAGAGAUGCCUUUUUCCUAUCAUGACCAAAGAUUGACGUAGAAAAGAUUUUAUAAAACGGAUGUUGUGAAAUGCUGGAUUUGCACUUUGAGAAACCGUGUACCUUAAUGGUUUCUCAAUGAUUAACAAGUCAUUGACCAGAGCUAAUACAGUGAUCUACAAAAGUAUGGGGACAGUGACACUUUUUUUUGUUGUGUAUUAAAAGUAGUCAAAAGUUGAGUAUUUGAUCACAUAUUCCUAGCAUGCAAUAAUUACAUCAAGCUUCUGACUCUACAAAGUUGUUGGAUGCAACUUUGGUGGUUUCAUUUCUAUUGGUCACAAAAUAAUCAAUGGUAAAUAAUGUAUUGUCAUUUUGGAUUAACUUUUAUUGUGAAUAAGAAUAUGUUUCUAAACACUUCUACAUGAAUGUGAAUUAGUGUUGGCAUGGUAUACCGGUACCACAGUAAUAUCACGGUACCAAAACAUCAUGAUACCAACAUUUUAUAGAUUAUCGUUUCAUAUAAUACUAGCACAUUUUUCAGUCCUACCGAUCUAAGGCACUGGCUGGCGCCUUUUAUAAAAUGUGUAUCAAGUCAGUUUUGUUUAUAAAUUCUGUAAAAAUAAUAAUAAAUGCAACUAGUCUCUUGUAUUCGCUGGUCCAAUAAUGUCCACUUAACUUUCAUGCCAUAUUACGUGUAGUAGCUGUAAUCUGCCAGCCCAUCCCAUUCCAGCCAUCACUCACCUGUUUCAAAGAUUUUACUGAGUUACAGUUCAUAAAAGGAAAUCAGUCAAUUGAAAAAUGAAUUGGGCCCUAAUCUAUGGAUUUCACAUGACUGGGAAUACAGAUAUACAUCGAUUGGUCACAGAUACCUUAUGCAGCACCACAUCUCCUUUGCAUAGAGUUCAUCAGGCUGAUGAUUGUGGCCUGUGGAAUGUUGUCCCACUCCUCUUCAAUGGCUGUGUGAAGUUGCUGGAUAUUGGCGGGAACUGGAACAUACUGUCGUACGCGUUGAUCCAGAGCAUCCCAAACAUGCUCAAUGGUUGACCAUGUCUGGUGAGUAUGCAAGCCAUGGAAGAACUGACAUUUUCAGCUUCCAGGAAUUGUGUACAGAUCCUUGUGACAUGGGGCCAUGCGUUAUCAUGCAACAUGAGGUGAUGGCGGUGGAUGAAUGACACGACAAUGGGCCUCAAUCUCCUCACAGUAUCUGUGCAUUCACUUUGCCAUCGAUAAAAUGCAAUUGUGCUCGUUGUCCGUAGCUUAUGUAUACCGAUACCAUAACCCCACCGCCACCAUGGGGCACUCUGUUCACAACGUUGACAUCAGCAAACCGCUCGCCCACAUGACCCCAUACACAUGGUGUAAACAAAUUUGUGCACAACAUUUUUGAGAAAUAAGCUUUUUGUGCAUAUGGAACAUUUUUGGGAUAUUUUUUUCAGCUCACGAAACAUGGGACCAACACUUUACAUAGCAUCCACAUGAAUGUUGAAAUAUAUUAUGUCCUUAUUUACAAUAAAAGUGACUCCAAAAUGACAUUAAUUUCUAUUGGGCACAAAAUAAUCUGAAACACAAACAAAACAAACAGCAAAUGUAUCCAACAAGUUUAGAGUGACAAACUUGAUGUAAUCAUUGUGUGCUAGGAAUAUGGGACCAAAUACUCAACUUUUGACUAUAAUACACCAUAAGUGAAUUUGUCCCAAUAUUUUUGGUCCCCUAAAAUGGGGGGGACUAUAUACAAAAAGUGCUGUAAUUUCUAAAUGGUUUGCCCAAAAUUUAUGAAAAUACCCUCAAAUUAAAGUUGACAGUCUGCUCUUUAACAUCAGUUUAACAUAGUUUAAUUUAAAAUAAAGUGCUGUGUAAGUGUUGGUGCUCACUGUGUAUCCGAUAUGAAUAAAUCAGUGAUUCAUGGCUUCAUUAAUUCAUUGCUUGAGUCUGGGCACUUAAAGGAGAACUCCACUUACUAUCUUUGGGUCUUUUUUUUCAUUAGUCCACUGUUGAUACAAUCACAACAUGUUUUGCAUGUUAGCAGUCAAGUUUAAAAGAUAUUGGAUUUCAAGAAGCCAAGUGUUACCAGCCACAUCACAAAACGCAUCAUCAUCAUGAUGCGGCCGGUGAUACUUUGCUUGAACUUGACUGCUGACAUGUAAAACAUUUUGGGACUGUAUCAACUGUUGAUUAUUGGGGAAAAUACCAAAAGAUAGUUUUCCCCUCAAGUGACAAUCAAGAUAGUGUGGCCCACAACGUUUUUGUCAAAUUGCUAACCAAAUCCAAUGUAUAGGUAAUUGCUUUGAGUUUACUUAAUUGGAUCCAAAGAUUUAUCACCAUCUGUAAAGAUGGGUUGCCACUGCUUAUAGUCCAUGUUGUAACGCACCUUGCAUCGAAACCCAGAUAUGGUGCAGAGCGUUUGAUUGUGUUGCUGGGGGGCAAGGAGACCCCCCCCCCAGCUCCGCUUAAACCAUUGACAACUACUUACCGUUUAAGGGAUUGCUCUUCAAGAGCACAGUCAGAACUACAAAUGUCAAAUUGUUCACAUUUAGCUCUAUCAUCAGUGUUAAAGUAACUGUAGGCUUUUCAUGCUCAGUAAACAUUGAUCAUGUCAUUUGAAUUGCAUAUACUCGAUGGUAGUGAUGGGUUCUGAUUUCUUAACUGUUUAAUCAUGAAAUAUACUUAUUAAUUUCACUGAGGGAGAGAGGGUAAUGCAUAACGUUUACAUUAUGUCAGGAUAUGUUAUUGUUAGCCAUCAGGGAUCCUAUGGGAGGAGAAGAGAGUCUGAGAAAUAUAUAUAUAUACACACACACAACUAAUCUUCUGGAUAGCAACAGAAGUGUAUUGGCUGUUCAGAUGUGUAAGGGGCUCAGCAUAGGAGAAAAGGGUUAAAUAUCAGUGCUUGUGAGAAUCUAUUAUUUGUUUGUUCAGCUGUUCAAUCCUUUGGGGUGAAUAAACUUGGUUGGAGCUUU